CCCUAUAAUUCCUAUUUGUAGUUUGCUUGGCCAACUGAACAUAAAGAUAAUGCAGAAUUGUGGGAAACUUGCAGGAUAUACUGUCUUCAUCACUGGAGCUAGUCGAGGUAUCGGUAAAGCCGUUGCACUGAAAGUGGCUCGUGAUGGGGCAAACGUAGUUGUUGCAGCAAAAACUUCUGACCCACAUCCCAAAUUACCUGGCACAGUACAUACAGCAGUCGAAGAAAUAACACAAGCUGGGGGAAAAGGGCUGGCUUGUAUCGUAGAUGUUAGAAAAGAAGAAGAAGUCCAAGCUGCUAUUGAUAAAACAGUUGAAACCUUUGGAGGAAUUGAUAUUCUGAUUAAUAAUGCUAGUGCUAUUAGUCUCACUGAUACCAAGAAUACUACAAUGAAGACUUAUGAUCUGAUGAAUCAAGUAAAUGCACGUGGGACCUAUCUUUGCUCAAAAUUAUGCAUUCCUCAUUUGCUGAAGUCCAGAGAAGCAGGCAGGAAUGCUCAUAUUUUAAAUAUGAGUCCUCCGCUAAAUAUGUCACCGAAAUGGUUUGCAAGUCAUGGUGCGUACUCCAUAGCAAAAUAUGGAAUGUCAAUGUGUACGCUUGGAAUGGCACAAGAAUUUGCGGAAGAGGGAAUAGCUGUAAAUUCACUUUGGCCGAGAACAACUGUCAUAACUGCUGCAGUAGAAAUGAUAACAGGAGGAAAUAAAAUGGCAGCUGCAAUGUCUAGAUAACCCGAUAUCAUGGGAGAUGCAAGUUAUGCAAUUUUGUUGCGGGAUUGCACAAAAUGUACCGGUAACUUCUUCAUUGAUGAUGAAGUAUUGACGGAAGAAGGUAUCACAGAUAUGGAUCAGUAUGCUGUUGAUCCAACUCAAAAAUUGGUUGAUAUUGUCAAUCCAGGAUCAUUAUGGAGUGCGGUCGUGGGUGCUUUCAACAGUAGCAAAUCAAAACUCUAAAAUUAAUUGUUCUUCUGUAAUUGUGCAAUAUGUAAGGAAUUAUUUUGCUGGAAA